AUUUUAUUUCGUAAAUUCUGCCAAUUUGACCUUUUUAGCACCCAGUCCUCUUACAGCUACCGUCGAGCCGAGCGUGACGGGAUACCUCCUGAUCUCGAGCAGCGAUUCCGGCCUCCGGAGGCAUCGUCGUCCCGGCCCUUUCCUCCUCCGCUUAAAUGGCUGCUUCGCUAGGCGAUCUCCUCCACGAGAAUGGCUCGGCCGCGGACUCCGACGCGGAUUCCGACGUCGCCGGCCCCGACGGCUACUAUCGCCCGAUCUCCGCCUAUGAUGACCGCUCCGCCUCCGACUCCGAUGAUGAUGGAGGAGGUUUCGGAGUCUCUUUCCCCGUUCGUUCCAACGGCGGCAGCGGUCCGAUCCACGGCCAGAACUCUAACCCUGGCUUCUUCCAGAUCCAUAUGGUGAACGGUGUUUCGGGAUUGGAUCUGAAUGGAGAUGGCGAAGGUGGAGGAAUGGAAGAGGACGACCACAACGACGAGGAAGAGGAGGAGGAAAGGGCGAGGGAGAGGGAGGCGUCGAUCUCGAGGGCUUUUAGGGAGGACGAGAGCCGGAGGAGCGCGCCUCUGACGCCAGAGAACGCCGCGAGGAUCGUAGACGCGAUGAGGGGGGUCUCGUUCCAAGGGAUCCCUCCGGAUUGGGUGAAUCGAGUACCAGAAGACCAGUGGGUGAAUCAGCUCAGGGGACUUAGAGGCGAGGCCACUCCCCAGAACUAAAAAAGGCUGGAUCUUUAAUAUCUGAUCAUGAUAUAUCUUACUUUAUAUCACUCUCUAUGCUGAAAAAAUUGGGCUUUGCCCUCAUCUGUGGCGAAAUGAGUAUGAUGGAGAUAUCACCACCUCAUUAUUUUAGCAUCGUUGUUGGUUUUCUUCCAUCGAUAUCUUCACAGGAUGUGAGCUCGAUUCUUAUGAGAGUAUGACAUAAUUGUCACUUCUAGGAGUAUGAUUUGCAUUUCAAAAGAGAAAUCUUUACUUUCUUGAAAA